GUUUAGCACAUUAUUAUUAUUUUUAUUUGUACGUGUUAUACAAUUGUGUUGUUAUUGAAGUUUAAUUUAAAUUUUCUAUUUGUGUUAACUCCGGGAGUAGUACAACUGGACAACAUUUUGUCGUUAACUAGCUAGCUAUUUAGCUUUUGUCAUAGCUCUGAUUGAGACUUCUUAUGCUUAGUAUUCUAAUAAUACUGUAAUAUUGUCGGAACUGUUUAAUGAAAUGGAUAUUAUUAAAGACGAUGGAGGGCAUGAGCUAAAAUACAAACCUGGGGGCCGUUUGGAUAUGAACCACGGCUUYCUGCACCAUAUCCGCAGGAACCAGAUUGCUAGAGAUGAUUAUGACAAAGAAGUGAAACAAGCCAAAGAACUUCGGAGGCAAAGACAYACUACAACCCCCAGAAGACCUCGCAGACCUGACCUCCAGGUGUACCAUCCCCGACAACGACAUUGUUCAGAGCCAGAGGCUGGUGCUGAUGCUGAGGAGGGAAAUGAGAGCAGCUCAAGCACAGAGCCUGAAACCCAGGGGACUGAACUCUUCUGGCUCGACUAUCAGGAGGACUCUGGAACUGUUACAUCCUUUCUUGUGAAAAAGGAGGAUAAACCUGAGGAGGUGGUAGAGCGUGUCGCAGAGAAAAACACCCUGGAUGCAGCCAUGAGGGCAGCUUUAGAGGUUCGGAUUCAAAAGGAGAUAGAAAGAAGAUGCGAUAAYCGGUGAAAAGUGUUCUCAAACAGCAAACUGUGAAGACAUGACAGCUGGAAACCAAGUAGAACGUUUGUGUUYGCCUUCAAAGCUUUAACACUUUCUGUGUGGUAGGGGGCAUAAUGAGGACUCUGCUGUUAGCACAGGGACUGUUGGCAGAGAUGAGCUCAGAUCAAGCCAUAUGUUAGUUUUGAGGGAGGUGGAACAGCACUUACCAUGCUGUCAAGCAUACAUUUAAGUUUUCACUUAUUUAUUUUUGUUUGUUUGCUUUGUUUUGUUUUUGUUUUACCAGUUCUGAAUUGUUUUGUUCGGAUCAAACUGGAAACAUAUUGUACACAGUUACACACAAGAUAUUUUAAAUUAUUUUAUUAGUUUCCAAAAGUCAAAUUCAAAAGAAAGUCCWUUUUUUAGUUCUGAAUGUGUUAUUUUGUUGUUUUAAGUAUGUAAGUUGUUUUUAUACAGAAAAUUUAUCAUUUUUGAUGCAGUCUUGUCAGUGAAGCGUUCAUAAAUGCCAUAUUUAUGAAAAUGACAUGUUAGUUUUGUUAAGUAGAUGUUUGUCUUUUGUAGUUUUUGAAUUAUUAAUUUAUUUUAAACUGUUAAAGAAAAAAAUAUUUUUGAUACUGUAAUAAUUUUGGACAAUACUACUUUUACAUAAAAUACAUUCUGCCACAAGCUAUUUCAUGCUGUCCGGUGGUGUCUGUCUGUCA